AUGACGUUGACUGGCAGAGCACAGAGUAAUCUACCGAGUAACACAGAAAUUAACCUCAAGGAGCAAGCUAAGGCCAUUAUAACUCGAAGUGGGUUGCAGCUACCCGAAAUACAUGUCAAGAGAUCGAGUGUGAAUGGAGAGACAUCACCUCUUGUAGAGGAAGAAACUAUGGAACAAGACGAACAACCAAAAGAAUCAACUCCAAAUGGAAGUUCAGACAAUUCACAGGAUAAAGCCACGGCUACAAUCAACCCAUACAAGCUUCCAAUUCCAUUUUCCCAACGGUUGAGGAAACAUAAAAUGGAGCAGCAGAACAAGAAAUUUCUCGAAGUCUCCAAAAAGCUCCACAUCAAUAUCCCGCUAGCAGAUGCACUAUCCCAGAUGCUUAGCUAUGCAAAGAAACUCGACUUGGGAGAGGCUAAAGUGACUACCAUGGGACAGUUAAUUUUGAGAUUGGGGAAGGAGCAGAUAUCAUUCAAUGUCUUUAAGGCCAUGAAACUCCCUUCAGAAUCAGAUAGUUGUUUCCAAGUCAAUGUCAUUGAUAAGUCAAACUCUCUUGAGAUUGAGACAUGUGCAUGGUUUCUGGAAACCAACCCACCAUACACACGAAAGAGACACUUUGAGGAGCUAGGAAUAGGGACCACAAAACCAUUACCUUCCAUUCAGCAGCUGCCAGUAUUGGAACUCAAGCAACUGUCCCCACAUCUCAGAUAUGCUUAUUUGAAGGAGUCAUGUACACUCCCGAUGAUUAUUUCAAACAUAGUUAGUGAGGUGGAGGAAGAAAAACUGUUUAGGGUACUCAGAGAAAAUAAGACUACGAUUGGGUGGACGAUAGCUGAUAUUAAAGGGAUUAGUCCUUCACUAUGUAUGCACAAAAUUCUCAUGGAGGAGAAUUGUAAGCCAAGUAUAGAAGGGCAGAGAAGACUGAAUCCAAACAUGAAGGAAGUGGUAAGAAAAGAGAUACUCGGCUACAACCAGAAACCAGUUGCGCCAGAGGAUCAGGAGAAGACCACGUUCACUUGUCCUUACGACACUUUCGCCUACCGUAGGAUGCCAUUUGGUCUGUGCAACGCUCCAGCGACAUUUCAGAGAUGCAUGAUGGCAAUAUUCUCUAAUAUGAUUGAAAGAUUCAUAGAGGUAUUCAUGGAUGAUUUCUCAAUUUUUAGAUCGUCAUUUGAUGAAUGCUUGGUGCAUUUAAAUCUGGUCUUACAGAGAUACAUGGAGACUAACUUAGUUCUUAACUGGGAAAAAUGCCACUUCAUGGUACAGGAAGGAAUUGUACUUGGACAUCGGGUCUCAGCAAAGGGAAUUGAGGUGGACAAAGUGAAAAUUCAAGUUAUUGAGAAGCUACCGCCACCAACAUCAGUUAAAGGGGUCAGUAGUUUCUUGGGGCAUGUGGGGUUUUACAGGAGAUUCAUAAAGGAUUUUUCAAAAAUCACUAAGCGUUUGUGCAAUCUACUGAUGAAGGAUAUACAUUUUGAGUUUAAUGAGGAAUGCUUGACAGCGUUCAACACUUUGAAGGAGAAACUCACAUCAGCACCGGUAAUUGUAGCGCCAGAUUGGGGAUUGCCUUUUGCACUAAUGUGUAAAGCCAGUGAUCACGCCGUGGGUGCAAUAUUGGGACACCAGAGAAACAAGUUUUUUCACGUGAUCUACUAUGCAAGCAGAACCCUAAAUGAUGCCCAAAUCAAUUACUCUACCACUGAAAAGGAGCUCUUGGCCGUAGUAUAUGCAUUCGACAAGUUUAGAUCAUAUCUUGUGGGAUCUAAGGUCAUAGUUUACACAAAUCACACUGCACCUGAAGUGUCUGCUAACAAAGAAGGAUGCGAAGCCGAGAUUGAUCUGAUGGAUAUUGUUGCUGCAAGAAUUUGA